AUGGCCACAACAAAGAAGAAAUGCAGAAAAUUGAGAGGACACGUUACUCAUGGUCACGGUCGUGUUGGUAAGCACAGAAAACACCCUGGUGGUCGUGGUAUGGCUGGUGGUCAACACCAUCACAGAAUCUGGGUUGAUAGAUUCCACCCUGGUUACUUUGGUAAGAUUGGUAUCAGAAGAUUCCACAUGAACAAGAAUCACUUCUUGACCACAAGUGUCAAUCUCGAUGAAUUGUGGAAGAUUGCAGGUGAACAAGUAUACAACCAAGCUAAGGAAGGUAAAUUCGGAACCAAGGCUGUCGUCAUUGAUGCACACAAGGCUGGUUUCGACAAGGUUCUUGGAAGAGGUGAUUUGCCAAAGAUCCCAAUCGUUGUCAGAGCAAGACUUUUCUCCAAGAGUGCCGAAGAGAAGAUAAAGGCUGUUGGUGGUGUAUGUGAACUCACUGCUUAA